AUGUCAAGAACGCCUAUCAAGCCCCUUAGUGCACAAUUACUACAGCUUAUAGGACAAUUCCUCCAUGAAAUGAGAAAUCCCCAGUUCAAGAUUGAAUAUGGCGAUGUCACUACCUAUAUCGUUUCUUCGGCCCCGUGUGAUGAUGGCCCGAUUACUACCCCUCUGCUGUCCGAUAUUCUUUCUCGCCAUAUGGGAUAUGCCCCCACUCGGGAAUUUACUAGGAAUCUAAUGGGGGCGAGUAUUUACGAUACGGACUUGGAAUGUAUGGCCGUGCUAUACAGUCUCCUGAUGAUGGAUCACCUGCCCCCUAGUGGCUUGCGUGUGUCAAUCAUCCGCAUACUUUAUUCGGAUAAUGGGGAGGACCUUGAGCGUCAUCUUGUGGAUAAUUUGGAUGAUGACGAUAGCGAUUGGCUAAAAGCCCAGCUAGAAAGAAUUUCGUGA